GCUACGCGGGGCCCGGCGCGGGCGGAAGUGGCGACGCUGGCGUCCCCUGAGUCUGCGGCGGGCGGCAGUGACGGCCCCAGCGCUGACGGCGGCGGCCCGGGGGGCGGCGCGGACGGCCGCGGCGCCGGCUGGGGCAUCACUGCGGGCCUCGACCCCGAAAUGGCGCUGCUGGCCGAACACCUGCUGAAGCCGCUGCCCGCGGACAAGCAGAUCGAGACGGGGCCCUUCCUCGAAGCGGUGUCCCACCUGCCGCCCUUCUUCGAUUGCCUCGGGUCCCCAGUGUUUACGCCCAUCAAGGCGGACAUCAGUGGCAAUAUCACGAAAAUCAAAGCUGUGUAUGACACCAACCCAGCCAAGUUCCGGACCCUGCAGAACAUCUUGGAGGUGGAGAAGGAAAUGUACGGAGCAGAGUGGCCCAAAGUGGGGGCCACACUGGCACUGAUGUGGCUGAAAAGAGGCCUCCGCUUCAUCCAGGUCUUCCUCCAGAGCAUCUGCGACGGGGAGCGGGACGAGAACCACCCUAACCUCAUCCGCGUCAACGCCACCAAGGCCUACGAGAUGGCCCUCAAGAAGUACCAUGGCUGGAUCGUGCAGAAGAUCUUCCAGGCAGCACUGUACGCGGCCCCCUAUAAGUCCGACUUCCUGAAAGCGCUCUCCAAGGGGCAGAAUGUCACAGAGGAGGAGUGCCUGGAGAAGGUCCGCCUCUUCCUGGUCAACUACACAGCCACCAUCGACAUCAUCUACGAGAUGUACACCAAGAUGAACGCCGAGCUCAACUACAAGGUGUAGGCGCACUGGGGGCGAUACAGCGCCCGACACAGGCCACUCCAGAACCAGGCAAACCCGGAUCACUGUGAAUCAACCUGGCAGGCCGCCCCUGGCCUGCGUACCCCCCAGAACAGCCCAGAGUCUGGUUGCAGUCUGCAGGGGACGGCCCUGGUCUUUUUAAAAGUUUUUGGGGUUCAUCCUAAUGGAGCAAUAAAUAACGAUCCUACUUCCGAAUCCCCUUUAAAUUUUAAAGCAGCACAGACUUACGCUUUAUACCUUCAUUUCAGUGUGGUAUACAUUGAUGGAUGUUCCUAACAAAUCAGGUCCUAAGAUUUUUUUUUUUUCCCCAUGCAGAGCAUAACUUGGGGAAUGGUGUCAUACACCUCACUUUGAAAAUAAGCAAGUGUUCUUAGGACCUGGCUGAAUGAUGUUUUGGGUAUUUUAAGCGCCAUGAGGAGUUUGAUUUGAAAUUAUACAGGGACCCUAUGGUGGGUUUUUUUUUUAAAGCAAACCAGUGUGUGUGCUCGUGUGGUUUGCACAGCUCAACCUUACAGCACUUCAUUAUAGAUCCUGCUGUUUCUCACUGUCUCUUGGCAGACAGUUCUUUUAUAGCCGAAACCAGCCAGCAAGCCUUUGAUGGCCAAGAAUGGGGGGUAUUUUUAAGCUAUCAGGCACAAAUAAUUGACCAUAAAUGACUGUAUUUCAAUUCUUCUGCAUAAUUACUUUCUUCAGGGACAGCUUUUCCAACCUACCUAAGAAACUGCCUACCAAGUGUAUUCUCUCUAGGGGGAGAGGAUGAACCCUCUGUCCACUGAGACACAAGAAAACGCCUCGCUGCCUUAACUGUCCUUCCUGGCACUAAAAAGGGGUAUUUUUUAAAGUGUUGGGGUGAACUAAGCAACCCCCAAAAGAAUUGAUGUGUGUUAAAAACCCAAUAAGGAACAAUUGGUGAUUUUUAUGCAGACACUAAAUAACCCUUAAUAAAUAGAUAUCUAUUUUGGAAUCACA